AUGGAGGCACUUUACGCGGCUCCAUUCUGCGUAAUUCACGCGCCAAACCUCCGGCUGCGGAAACCGUCAUGGCUCAAACAGCCAUCCCCCAUGACAGUGUAUGCAUUCGUUCUCCUGAGUUAUUUCCUCGUUUGCGGAGGAAUCAUUUAUGAUGUGAUCGUUGAGCCACCUUCGAUCGGGAGCACCGUGGACGAGCAUGGCCACUCAAAGCCUGUGGCCUUCAUGCCGUACCGUGUUAACGGUCAGUACAUCAUGGAAGGAUUAGCAUCUUCAUUCCUCUUCACAGUCGGCGGUCUAGGUUUCGUCAUCCUCGACCGAGUCCAAGAACAACCAUCCACCCCUCGGCUCAACAAGCUGCUGUUGACUGCGGUGGGCUUUCUGUGCAUCUUGGUCUCGUUCUUCACGUGCUGGGUUUUCAUGAAAAUCAAACUGCCUGGAUACUUGAUGGGAUAAUAAAGUGCUCCCCUGCAGCCUCUCGUGAGCUCCCCUUUGAGCUCCGAGUUCUUAUCAAGAUCGCGAUCAUAUUCGUCGCGCUCUCCGGAGCUGGCUUUCAAUUGUACAUAUGGAAAGAUAAUAAGCCUACCGAGAAACACCAUGAGAUGAGAAUGAACGAA